AUUGGUGCAUGUGAAAGAAAGAGGGGAGUAUGGUCGCAUUUUGAGUGAAAAUUGGUGAACAUUCACAAUUUUAAUGAAAGUGUUGGGCAAAUCUGUGCAGCAAGUGUUGAAGACCUGGCACAAAUAAGAAUGUUAGUAAAAUAAUCUCGUCUAAUAAAGAUACUUAAAAGACGACCAAACCAAAGACGUUGUCGAUAGUUUAUAACAAAUAUACCUAGGUCCGAUGCUAAUUCAAGAUUUAUAAUAAUGUAUUCAAGAAGUACGUCUCCUUUACCACUACCUGUAAACCACCAACGUGACUGUAUGUCGGCUGCUACAAAACGAUGGAAGUACCUAAGACGAAUGUUCAAAUUUAAUCAAAUGGACUUCGAAUUCGCCUUCUGGCAAAUGUUGUAUUUACUUAUCGCACCACAGAAAGUGUACAGAAAUUUUCAGUACAGGAAACAAACAAAAUCACAGUUCGCCAGAGAUGAUCCAGCGUUUCUAGUAUUAUUCGCAGCGUGGCUCUGCAUUACAUCAAUAGGAUUUGCAAUAGUUUUACGUUUAACUUUUUGGAAGUUUGUACAUUUUUUGCUAUAUGUGAUAUUCAUUGACUGCAUUGGUAUUGGUCUUAUAAUAGCAACAUUCUUUUGGUAUAUAUUGAACCGAUACUUUCGUACAAGCAAUGAUCAAGAUAUAGAAUGGGGGUACGCAUUCGAUGUCCAUUUAAACGCUUUCUUUCCGCCAUUAGUAAUUCUGCACUUUUUCCAGUUAUUUUUCUAUAACGGUUUAAUAAGCCACGACUGGUUCAUUUCGAGGUAUCUGGGCAAUACCUUUUGGCUGACGGCUGUUAGUUAUUAUAUUUAUAUAACGUUUCUUGGGUAUUCGUCUUUACCUAUGUUAAAGCGUACCCAUUUGUUGUUAGUACCGUUACCUAUUGUAAUCCUAUUUUAUGUGGUUAGUUUAGCCGCAGGCUUUAAUAUCACAUAUUUUCUAAUGACGUUUUAUACUGAACGAAUUGUUUAAGUGUUACCUCCAAUGUAAAUUUUGAGUAAUGUAUAAAUUAAUUAGGUAACAAUACAUUUAUUUUGUAUUUUUA